AGUGAGCUGAGAAUGCAGAGGACGUCUCUCAAUGUCCAGCAGCACAGCAAGAGUCUCCACGCAUCUCGGCCGAGGUUCAAACGCGGCUGGAUUUGGAAUCAGCUGUUUGUGGAGGAAGAAGAUCCAACUCCUCACGUUAUUGGCCAGCUGAAAUCAGAUUAUGAUACAGGAGACUUUUCCAUCAAGUACAUUUUGUCUGGGGAAGGAGCAGGAGAGGCUUUCUCCAUUGACGAGUACACGGGUGAGAUUCGCUCACUGGGGAAGCUGGACCGAGAGGAAAAAGCAUUUUAUGUGCUCCGAGCUCAGGCCAUAAAGAGAGGGUCUGACCAGCCUGUGGAACCGGAGUCAGAAUUCAUCAUCAAAGUUCAGGAUAUUAAUGACAACGCUCCUGAGUUCCUCAACGAGCCAUACGUCGCAAGCAUUCCAGAAAUGUGUCCAGUUGGCACAACAGUGGUCCAAGUAACAGCUACAGAUGCUGAUGAUCCCAUGUUUGGGAACAAUGCCAAACUCAUCUACUCCAUCCUCCAGGGGGAGCCCUACUUUUCAGUAGAGCCAAAGACAGGAAUAGUUGUCACCUCGUGGCCCAGCAUGGACAGAGAGGCCAGGGAGAUGUAUUUGGUGGUAGUUCAGGUGAAAGACAUGCUGGGUCUGAGUGGGGGUUAUUCUGCCACCACUACCGUCACUAUCACCCUAUCAGAUGUCAACGACAAUGGUCCAACUUUUCAGCACAACCUAUAUACGUUUGCUGUGGCAGAGACUGCUGCAGUGGGAACUACGGUGGGCAGAGUUAUGGCAGAUGAUGGUGAUGUUGGAAUGAACGCCAGAAUGAACUACAGUUUAGAAGACCUGGAGGAAAGUGCUACCUUCAGUAUCCACACCGACCCCAUGACCCAGGAGGGAGUGGUGGUGUUGGCAAAGCCUUUGGACUAUGAAAGAAAGAGACGAUUUGUCAUUGCCAUAGAAGCUAUCAACGAUCUGGUGGACUCCCGCUUCCUGAGCUCAGAUGAAUUUCGUGACAGAGCAACACUCAAAAUCAUGGUGACCGACGUGGACGAACCUCCCAUAUUUUCAGCCCCGCUCUACGAGUGGAAAAUUCUAGAAAAUGCACCUGUGGGUACUCAGGUGGGCAUUGUCAGUGCCAGAGACACAGAUGCUGCAAACAAUCCCAUCAGGUAUUCCUUUGACAAAAACAGUGACAUGAGAAAAGUCUUCAGGAUAGAUUCCAACAAUGGGACCAUUACCGUGGUGAAGCCUUUGGACCGAGAGACCGCAGACUGGCACAAUUUCACGAUAACUGCCAAAGAGACAAAGGAGAACUAUCUGUCCUCCUCUGUGACAGUGUUUGUCAAAGUCCUAGACGUCAAUGACAAUGUACCCGUACUGUCCAGAGAGUACCAGCCCUACGUCUGUGAAAGCACACAGUCGGGACAGCUCAUUCAGGUGAUCAGUGCUGUCGAUGCAGACGAUCCUUCAGAAGGCCACCAUCUUUACUUCGCCAUGGUUCCAGAGAGGCAAAUUAAUCCGAACUUCACCCUCAGAGAUAACCAAGACAACACAGCCAGCAUUCUGGCACGUCGGAGCACAUUCACACGGAGGGAUCGCACUUACUACCAUCUGCCCGUGGUGCUGAUAGACAGUGGCACCCCUGCCCUCUCCAGCACCACCACCCUCACCAUCAGCGUAUGUGCCUGCCAGCCUGCUGGGCACUGCCCCACAGGAGGGGUGGAGGCCAUGGCCCUGUCUAUGGGCUUGAGCAUGCAGACACUCCUGGGCUUUUCUGUCUGCCUGAUCACACUUGCAGCACUGUCUAUACUCAUGCUAGCUGUGCAGAAACACAGAAAACACCAGAUGGGAAAACUAGAAACUGUUGAACAGGAUACAGAGGAGUUUUCAGAGAAAGUGUUACGCUACGCUGAGACAAGCAACUUCGGGGGUGACUCAGGGCUUUCUCAGCCCGUCCCGAUGAGGCCUCAUCCCAGACGACGCGAACGCAGACUCCGCAGGGAGGAGGUGGCCGCCAGCAUCCGUAUGUCCCUCAGAAACUCCCACCUCAUCGGGCCAGAGGAUGAAGUUUUCCGGCAGUUCAUAAUGGAUCGUCUCGCUGAAGCAGACCAGGACCCAUACGUGCCACCUUUUGACUGCCUAAAAACAUACGCUUUCGAGGGGACAGGGUCGGCCACCGGCUCCCUGAGCUCCCUGGAGUCUCUGACUUUUGAGUCGAGCGCCGAAAGACCUCCAGACUCCCGGCCACGCUUACUAAGGCUCAGCCCCUGGCAGGGAGCCAGAGAGGAGGAGACUACCUUUUAA